AUGGAUCCUGUUUCUCAAGAAUUUGACAUUGAGAUUAAAGAUCACAAGGGUUGUGAGAAUCAAGUUGUCGAUCACCUUUCCAGGAUAGAGAAUUCAACACACAUUGGGGAACAGAUGCAAAUCAAAGAAGAAUUCCCUGAUGAGCAACUUUUAUUUCUUAAGUUGAUUGAAUUGUUGUGGUACGCUGAUAAAGUCAAUUACCUGAUGGUAUUUGGUAAAGCAUGUCACUUACCAGUUGGGUUAGAACACCGAGCCUAUUGGGCAAUCAAGAAGCCAAAUCUUGACCUAGAGUUAGCAGGGAGAAAGCGGUUGGACCAAUUGCAUGAGUUGGAGGAGUUUAGGCUCCAUGCCUAUGAAAAUGCCAAGCUCUACAAGGAAAAAACAAAGCGAUGGGAAGUUAAAAUCCAAAUAGAGUUCCCUUUUGAAGUGGUAUGUAUGACACCUCAUGGAGCUGUGGAACUGUGGAAUGCAUCAAAAACAUCCACGUUUCUAUUUAAUGGGCAAAGAGUCAAGCACUACUUUGGUAAUGAUGUGGAUCGUGAAGAGGAAGAUGUAGAGCUUGAGAAUGAAUGA